AUGUUGGUUUUGGCACAGUUGGUGGAGGCUCAGUUGGUGGAGGCACAGAUGAUGGAGGCACAGUUGAUGGAGGCACAGUUGGUGGCGGCACAGUUGGUGGAGGACAUUGUGGUGGAGGCACAGUUGGUUGAGGCACACUUUUUGGAGGCACAGAUGAUGGAGGCACAGUUUAUGGCGGCACAGUUGGUGGCGGCACGGCAAACAGAGGAACAGUUGGUAGAGGCACAGUUAGUGGAGGCACGGCAAGCAGAGGCACAGUUGGGAAAAGCACAGUUGUUGGAGGCACAGUUGGUGGAGGCACGACAGACAGAGGCACAGUUGGUGGAGGUACAGUUGGUGGAGGCACAGUGGGUGGAGGCACUCAAAGUAGAGGCCCAGUUGGCGGAGGCACACAUAAUGGAGGCACAGUUGGUGGAGGCACAUCAGACAGAGGCACAGUUGGUGGAGGUACAGUUGGUGGAGGCACAGUGGGUGGAGGCACUCAAAGUAGAGGCACAGUUGGUGGAGGCACGGCAGACAGAGACAAAGUUGGUGUUGGCACGACAGACAAAUUUACCGUUGGUGGAGGCACAAUUGGUGGAGGCACGGCAGGCAGAGGCACAGUUGAUGGAGGCACAGCUGACAAAUGUACCGUUGGUGGAGGCACAAUUGGUGGAGGCACGGUGGGCAGAGGCACAGUUGAUGGAGGCACAGUUGGUCGACGCACAGUUGGUGGAGGCACAGUUGGUGGAGGCACAGUACUUGGAGUCACAGUUGGUAGAGGUACAGUUGGUGGAGGCACAGUACUUGGAGUCACAGUUGGUAGAGGCACAGUUGGUGGAGGCAUAG